AUGCGCGCCUUCCAGCAGCUCGUCGCCUUCUUCUUCGCGCUCUUCGCCUUCGCCUAUGCGCAAUCAGAGGAGGCCUCCUACGAUGCCACCGUCUACGUGACCUCGACCGUCUACCGUGUCAGCUCUGUGACUCUUCCCGGUACGCCCACUGGCUAUGUCCACAACUCCACCUCGACCUUCCACUCAACCCUCGCAGCCACCGCCACCCCCGUCUACUCUGCUGGCAACGGUUCCUCCUUCACGCCCACUGGCACCUCCGGCCCUCAGCCCACGGAUUUCCCCGGCGCCGCCUCCUCCCUCAACGUCAACGCCUUCGUCGUCGCCCUGGCCGCCGGUGUCGCCUACCUGGCACUCUAA